AUGGAAGAAAAUGAGCAUAAUUCGAAAUACAAUAUUCAUUUUACAGAGCAGUCAAUUCGAACAGCUUUCAUUCAAAAAGUGUUCAGUUUGGUGACUAUCAUGUUCGCAAUUGUCGCAGCAUUAUCAGCCAUCCCAAUUGCCAGUCCGGAAUUUCGAUUAUGGUGCCAACAAAACACAAUUCUUUACUUUUUAUCCCUAGUUGUCUUCAUUAUUUUCGUAUUCGUCAUCACUUGCUUCCCAUCAUUGAGGCGUUCGUUUCCCGCCAAUAUGAUCGUUUUAUUACUAUUUACACUAUCUGCCGGUGUUACAACAAUGUUUGUCACAGCACAAUAUUCGGUAGAUUCCGUUCUACUAGCACUUAUCAUUACAACGUUAUGCAGUGCCGGAAUUAUUAUAAUAGCAACGUCUAUAAAACAAGAUCUUACUACUUGCCUAGGUGUCGCUGCAAUUCUUGGUAUUUUCCUAAUGAUAUUUGGUCUAGUCGCCAUUAUCGCUGCCGUCUUUUUCCAUUCUCCCAUUCUUUACUUGAUCUAUUCCGGACUCGGCGCUCUUUUGAUGAUGUUCUAUCUGGCAAUUGAUGUCCAAUUGUUAAUGGGUAAUCGCAAAUUCGAAUUUACUCCGGAAGAUUAUAUAAUGGCUUCUGUCCAAUUGUUCCUCGACAUUCUCAAUUUAUUCUUAUUUAUACUUAAUUUGGUCGGCGGCCGCUGA